AUAUAUGUUUUUAAGUUUCAAUACAUCGUAUUUCUUCGUUUUGUGACAUCCACGCGAGAAAGUAUUAUGGCAAGAAUUUUAUUGGUUUAUACUCUUGGCACACGCGGGACUUUUACUUAACACAUUGCAAUCUUAUUUAUUAAUAAAGGCAAAACCAGGUUUUUCUACAUUUUCAUCAUUUCCGUUAAAACGAGAAGACUUAAAGAAGCCUGCUUUUGACGAGCAAUUUCAGACUUUAGCAAUCCAUAAAUACAAAGGGCAAAACCAGGUUUCUCUACAUUUUCAUCAUUUCCGUUAAAACGAGAACCUAAAAGAAGCCUGCUUUUGACGAGCAAUUUUAGACAUUGCAAUCCAUAGAUACAAAGAAUAUGGCAAGUGUCGAAGCCCGUCAAAAGUUAAGUACACAUAAUUACAAAUAUGGAUGGCGAGAAGAUCCUUUCUUUGAAGCUCCGAAAAGCUUCCUUUCAGAACAAAACAAGAGAAAAAAAAAAGUCGCCCACAAAGAUCUAGAAAAGCCACAGCAAAACGAGAACGAACAAACUACGUCGAAACAAUACGUCGUCAGCAAAGCACUAAAAAAGCCACAGCAAAAUGAUAAGACAGAAAUCAUGCCGAUUCAAAGUACGAAAGAAGUCGUCAACAAAGAUGUAGAAAAGCCACAGCAAAACGAGAAAGAACAAAUUACGUCGAAACAAUUCGUCGUCAGCAAAGCAUUAAAAAAGCCACAGCAAAAGUAUAAGAAAGAAAUCAUGCCAAUUCAAAGUAUAAAAGAAGUCGUCCACAAAGAUCUAGAAAAGCCACAGCAAAACGAGAACGAACAAAUUACGUCGAAACAAUUCGUCGUCAGCAAAGCAUUAAAAAAGCCACAGCAAAAGUAUAAGAAAGAAAUCAUGCCAAUUCAAAGUAUAAAAGAAGUCGUCCACAAAGAUUUAGAAAAGCCACAGCAAAACGAGAACGAACAAAUUACGUCGAAACAAUUCGUCGUCAGCGAAGCUCUAAAACAGCCACAGCAAAAUGAUAAGAAAGAAAUCAUGCCGACUCAAACUACCAAAGAAGUCGCCAGCAAAGAUCUAGAAAAGCCACAGCAAAACGAGAACGAACAAAUUACGUCGAAACAAUUUAUCGUGCUUGGUUUGAACGAUAAAAUUGUCAUUCGCUUUAACAAUCUUACUCCAUUUAUGAAAAAUCAUCAUGGAAAAAUGACCUGCUUAUUGCGCAUCCUUAAAGAUUUCGAAAAAAAAUUUAGAAAUGAUGAAGCUCUGACCCGAAAAGAUAAAUUGCAAAAGAGGGGAUUUACUGAAGAUAAAGCUGUUGAAAUUGAUCAAUGGAUCACAAACAUACCUGUUCCAGGACACAAAAGUUUGCAAGUUUGGGUUGAAAUUUAUGUCGAGAAUGUUUUUAAGUACGACCCAGAGUUCAACAAGAAACUACCAUUGUUCAGUUACCCGUUAUCGCCUAUGAAUGAAUGGUUCACUGUCAGCCCAUCACGAUCUGAAAAAAGAGGAAGAAGAUCAUACACCGUGAAUGUUUUCAAUACAGAAAAUGAAGAAGAUGCCAAAAAAGCUCUUCAGGAUAAAAUAGAUAAAAUAAAGCCAAGUGAUUCAAACGCAUUAAUCUAUUACCAUGGCACAGAUCAUGAAGCUGCUAAAAGUAUCAUUGAUGGUGGGAUCAUUCUUGGCGCGAGUAAGGUCGAAUGUGAUUUCUCAAAUGGAGUGGGAUUUUAUCUCGCCAAAGAUUGCGACUUUGCAAUAAAGCAGUUUGCCAUGCGAUUUAGUCGCCCAGCGGUAAUCAUGUUCAUCCUCACUGACCCAGAAAGUUGGAAGUGCUUGGAUCUUUCGACUGAAAACAGACCCAAUGAUUGGACAUCGAUAACAGAUUACUAUAGAAAAAGAAAAAAGAAUAUAUCAGAAGAUUUGCUGAAUGAGGCAAAUGCAUGUGAUUAUAUCAAAGGUCCAAUGUGGCAAGGUGAGGGCAACCCACGACUUGAAAAAGAGCAGAUUUGCAUCAGAACGGAAAAAAUGGCUAAUGCAUUUAGUUCCUCUAUCAUUGCAGGAAUUUUUUGGAUAAAUAACGAUCAGUAAUUGAACAGUUUUACCUGGCUACACUUUGACACUCAUGAACUGUAAUGAUCUUUUAAAGCUAUCUAAAUAAGUAAAAUAAUUAGGAAAGCUAUUCAUAACAAACGCAUAACAACUAACGCUUGUACGUUUUACUUCGAUAUCGAGGCAUAAUUCUACACUUAUCAUACAUUGUAAUACCUCUGUAACAAUGUCAUCAAAUUUAAGUAAAAUUGGUUGAUUUGUACAUUAAUAUUAUUGAAUUUUUGAAUUAGCAUAACAGAGUAAAUGCACACACACUGUACAUUAGAAUAAUAAAUACUUAUCACAGUGUAAAAAAAAAACAAGCAAAAGGGAAAAAUGAAACAAACAUUAUAAUAAUCUUUGCCAUUCAUAGGUUAUGCACAGAUUUUUGUCAAAUUCAAUAAAAUUACUAAAAAAAUA